AAUAUACAGGCCCGUAUCCUAUGAUAUAGACUCACACCGAGGAUAGCAAGAGAAAUACAUACGUGUGUCUAUAUAAAUAUAUAACCCCUCUCUCUCUCUCUCUCUAACUCUCAGAGCGAUCAAGAAAUGGCGGAUUGGGAGAAAGUGUGUUGGAUGUGCGGCGAUGUCGGCUUCCCAGACAAGCUCUUCCGCUGCAACCACUGCCGCUCCCGUUUCCAGCACUUUUAUUGCAGCAACUACUACAGUGAAUCGGCGGAGCCGACGGAAAUAUGCGACUGGUGCCGCAGAGACGACCGGAGGCCGACCACCGCCUCCAGGAACGGCGGCUGUUCCAAGAAGUCAUCCAUGUCGGGCAACCAGGAGAACAGCUUCACGAACCGGUCGGAAUACUCCUCCGGCGACAGGAUCAAACAAAACAACCGACAGGAAACUCUGGCGAAAGGCGGGGGCAGCGGUGGAGGAGCACCAUCUCCCCGGGCAGCUACGCGAAGGUACAAGCUCCUUAAGGAUGUUAUGUGUUAGUCCCCAAGUCAAGAUCCCCCGUUGCUUGGAAAGCAAGAAAAAUGAUGGCUAACUUGCGUUUGAGACUCUCUCCAACCCUAAACCAAAACUAUCCUUCUUAUUGUUUCUUAAAAAAAAUAUAUAUUUUCUUUUA